UUGACGUUUGGCCAAACUGUCAUACGCGGUACAUAAAAGCAGCCUACUUUCAGACGGAGAUGUUUUGGGGGUCUUUCGCUGAAAUCGGUGAAAUCAAAGCUCGGAUCCCCAACUAGAUCUCAUUUCUUGAUUCCCGUUGGAAUCCCGGAUAACAAGAAUCCCAUUUUUCUGUUUAUGUUUCUUCAUCUUUCAAAUUCCCCGAACGACGAGCUCUGAAUUGGAAUUCUCUCGUCAGUUCAAUACAAAAUGAGGUUCUUAAAAUCAAACCCCUUUCACUGGGGAUCUAUUUCUCUUUACCUUUCCUUGAUAUUUCUCGUCUUCCUUUUCUUUUCCCCUCCCGUGAUUCUUGCUCAGGAAAAUGGAAGGGAGGAGUCAAAUGCUGGAAUCAAGGAUCUGGGCCGACGAAGUAAAAUUUUUGUAGACAAAAUCAAGACAGGUAUUGCAAUAGAUGAGAACGACCCUGAUUCUAUUAAUCUUGGUGUUGAGUUGGACUCUGGUCUUGGAGUAUUUGAUGCUUUCUUUGCUAGCUUUUCCAUGAUUCUUGUCAGUGAGAUUGGAGAUGAGACUUUUAUAAUAGCUGCUCUCAUGGCAAUGCGUCACCCCAAGUCAAUUGUUUUGUCUGGAGCACUAAGUGCCUUGUUUGUGAUGACGGUACUAUCGACUGGUCUUGGUAGGAUCGUACCAAAUUUAAUAUCGAGAAAGCAUACAAACAGCGCAGCUACCGUUCUUUAUGCCUUUUUUGGGCUCCGACUACUUUAUAUCGCAUGGAGAUCAGAUGCAAAAGCUUUGCAGAAAAAAGAAAUGGAGGAAGUAGAAGAGAAACUUGAAGCUGGACAAGGGAAAACAGCAUUCCGACGUUUCUUUUCUAGAUUUUGUACACCAAUCUUUUUAGAGUCAUUUAUUUUGACAUUUCUAGCUGAAUGGGGGGAUCGCAGCCAGAUUGCAACAAUUGCUCUAGCUACACACAAAAAUGCGGUGGGAGUUGCUGUUGGAGCCACUAUAGGACACACCAUUUGUACAUCAUUAGCAGUCAUCGGUGGAAGCAUGCUGGCUUCAAAGAUCUCGCAGCGCACUGUUGCGACUGUUGGGGGAUUGCUUUUCCUUGGUUUCUCCCUGUCUUCGUACUUUUAUCCUCCUCUAUAACCACUGAAGUUUUGUAGAUUAACCUGAUUAUUACCAGGAAAUGUUAAUACUGACACUGUUCGGUAGCAGAUUUUUUGACUUAUUAUUAUUAUUAUUCUAACCGAGAAAUAUGAUACAUGCUUGAUUGGGAGUAUAAAAUCUUCAUUGCCAAUA